CAUUCUCAAAUUAGUUUUCGGGUAGCGCUCAUGACCGAGUAACAUAUUUCGCGCUUGAAUUUACAUACGACAUCCCUGAUACUGUGCCGCAGCAUUGCACGAACCACCAUCGAACCGCGGAUGCACUGCAGCACAAACAAGGGUUGUGUUUUAGAUAUCAUUGCUCUUGCAGAGGCGUUAACGGAUACUUUUCGACAUUUUUUAUUUAAUUAAAUUUGUUUCUUCGGUUCUCGUAGACAACACCAAAAUUAAGCUGUGAUAUAAUUGAUAACAAAGUUACAUGCAAGUGCUUUAGUAUAAAACAAUAUAAUAAAUUGCCACGACGUACAACAGAGGAGUACAUUCACGUAUGUAGUGAAAAUAUUGUGUAAUAAUUUGCUCUAUAAAGUACAAAGUCAGUAGUGCUAGUUAUGGUUUAGUUAUAAAACCAACUGCACACAUUUUCAUGCGUGUGAGUUCAAUGCGAAAAUAAAAAAUCAACGCUUGGCAUAUCACCAGAGUGAUCUAAGUCAAGAUUCUGCUCCUCCAAAGCGCAUUGCAGCGCCAACUACGCACGAAAAUUGAUCAGCCGAGAAUACGCCUCCCCUUCCCUAUACCACGCUACGCCACAAUGAACAAGACAACACUGCACUGGAGCUAUCUCAACUUCAAAGAUGUGCCCAUGGAUCUUUUCCUGUACGAAGAUCUUGAGGAGGUCUACCUGAAGGAGAAUUUUAUCACCACAAUUCCCAAAUGGCUGUUAAAUGUUACGACCUUGAAGUUCAUACACUUGGCUGGCAAUAAUCUGAGCGCACUUCCAGAGGAAAUGUACCUGCUAGAAAAUUUGGAAUUUCUCGAUGUGUCGAAUAAUCAGAUACGUCAGCUCCCAAAAACCGUGGGAUUGAUGGACCGCUUGCAGCGUUUCAAUGUGAGUGGGAACGAACUCACGGAGUUGCCCGCUGAAAUUGGCGCUUUAAAACAACUAGAAGAACUUAACAUAUCCAAGAAUCACCUUCAACGCCUGCCAAUACAACUAAGCGAGUGUCAACGACUGAACGAACUCAACCUCAGUGAUAAUGUCAAUAUCUGGCAUAUACCCGAACGGAUCUCAAACUUGCCAUCGCUACAGUCACUGUCAGCCGAUCGUUGUGCACUCAUUUACUUACCGGUGGCACUUUCAAAGUUUAUCAACCAUGUGCGCAUCUUUCACAACACCUCCAUCACUCAUGUGCCUAUGAUUUAUGAAAAGUUCUUCCAAACUUUCUAUGACAAUCGUUCAAAAGCAACACCAAUGUCAGUGUCGCACGAGAGCUUCUUCUGGGUGCUGGAGAAGGAAACCAAUACUAGAAUUUUGCUACCUUUUGGAACACGUCGCAUCUUCCAUGUGCCUUCGCUGGACAACCAAGUCACUCUCUACGAUGACUGCCUACGCGCCGUACAAUAUCUAAACCGUUAUAUGCCCUUGUGGGAAAAUGUGGCACUGAAGCGAAUGCUACCGGAAAAGUUCAUUUAUGACCACAUAGUGAAUGGACCGACUGCCCGUUGUACACUGUUCAAUUGCUCCAACCCAUUGUACACUUCCUAUUACUUCAUGGCUGUGAAACGACGUGGAAGUACUUCAAAGCAAAUUUUCACCUGCUACUUUUGCUCAAAUCACUGCGCGAACUUAUGGCUGAUGGAUAAUGGAAAAAAAUACUAUCAGCUGGACUGGGAGGUUUGUGAUCGUUAAAGUUAUGAGAGUGCAAAAUAAAAAGUCGUUGUAAAUAUGUACAGUUAAAUGAAAGUAAAAACUAUUUAUUAUGAUGGGUUUACACUUAAGAAAAAUAAAUUUAAGUAAAUACCACAAAUUUUUACAUAAAAUAAAAAUUUUAAAAAUAUGUAGGAUAUAUGCAAUUAUAUGUAUGGUACAAAUACUGAUCUCUGUGUUGAAGUAGGAGCUAACGUAAGCUCCGAAUUAGAUCGGAUUGUCGGUAUUUUGACCGUUAAAUCGGCCGAUUUCUCAAUAGCACACACAUUUAAAUAUUGACAAUAAAUGGAUUGUGAUCGAUAAAGAAAAC